AUGAAAGUCUCAGUCCACGCCAACUCCGGUGAAAUAUGGGUCUUCAAAACCGCUCCUAGGAUGAUGGUUGAGGGAUCUGGGUUCAAGCUAGAACUCGACACGCGACAAACGGUAGGAUUUUGCUGGAUGGUUGGUUUUGCGGUGCAACAGACCAGAUCGAUCAAGGACCAACGAUGUAUACUCCCGUUCAUGCCACUUAAGGGCGCUGGACGUCACGCACCUCUAGAGUAUAGCAUGAAUUACAAUGCUACUUUUUGGGGCCCAAUCUGGCUUAAGGCCUCCAGCCGCCACACUGGUGCCAAAAUCGCUCGAUCACAAACCAAAUAUUUCAUCCUGUUCGUAUCAGAGCGUUUCUAUGAAUACACACGCAAACGCCAUAAGAAUGGGUCAUCAGUAUCUCGCGUUGCCAACAACGCCUUCGUCGUGGAGACCAACCUAAAGGAGAUGGAUUGGUCUGUGAGAGUCACCUUCUGGGACUUUGGCGAAGUAUUGAUCAUUGAAAUGAAGAAACUACUUUUAUAUGGGUUCCGGGUUGAGAACCUUAAGGUCUAG